AGUCACCCCAGUUUCACGGUACCAAUCAGAAUAACCAUUUGCAGUAAGGCAGUAUGCCGCUCAUACUUGAAUAAAACUAUCCCUAUCAAUUUAUCCAUGUUGAUGUUGUUCACUUUACUGUAUCGGAGUAAGCCAUUCAGAGAACACGUAACAUUCAUUUAUGGCCCAUACAGAACUAACUGUAAUUCAUUGCAGUUACAUUGCUAUAGUAACUAUGUUUUAUUUAAAAUGUAUAUCUGUAAGCUAUUGUUCAUUCUUUUGUUAUGUUGGUUACUAUGGUAAGACGCGUAGUCCUAGUAACAUUGACAGAAUUGGAAAAUUUUUCAGAGAAGACACAGUCAUUCGUUCAUAAACUUUUAUUAGUGAUAGAAGUGAAAUGGAGAGGUACAGUGUGGAAAAGGAUAUAUCCAUAGUGAAAUCAGUGAAAGGUGGAGAAAUGUUAAGCUUAAAUGGUUACUUAUAUCAUCUUAAUCGGAAACAGGAAUUGACGUUCUAUUGGGAAUGCAAUAAAAGGCGGCACGUGGCAGGACGAGCUGGUUGCACGGCAAGAGCCACUACCGUUUUUUCGGAUGGUGCACACAAGCUACUCUUAAGCUCAGAGCAUACACAUGCACCCGAUCCCGUAGAAAGAGAGACGAAAAUCUUCCGCGAUAAUUUGAAACGAAAAUCUGAAGAGAGUUCAGGCAGCGUCGCCAAAAUUAUCCAGGUGACGCUCAACUCACAUUCUUCAGAGAUACAGUCGCGGAUGACCGAAGGAGCCAGACGUAAAACUGUAGAACGUAUCAGAUCCAAAGCUGUAUCAAUCGUGGAGCCACAAACUCUGGAAGGCUUCAGUAUUACAGACACUUACAAAAUCCUAGAAGAUGGUGAAAAAUUUUUAAUCGGAGAUGUGGAGGACGAUGGCCAACGUGCAUUGAUCUUUGGAACACGAGAGAGUGUUUUACGUCUAAGUCAAGCAAAAUACUGGAUCAUUGAUGGCACAUUUUCCACUGUGCCCGGUUUGUUUCGGCAACUGCUAUCGAUCCAUGCGAGCAUCGGACCUUCGCAUGAGCGUUCUUUCCCUGUUAUUUUCGCGUUACUGACAUCAAAGCACGAGUUGCUAUAUAAGAAGGUUUUUUUCCGAAAUACUAGAAUACAGCGACGAAAAGAAUGUGAGGCUUGAUCCAUCGAUUAUAAUUACCGAUUUCGAGAAAGGAUUGAUAAAUGCAAUCAAGGUUGAGUUUCCAGAAACACGACAAUCCGGAUGCUUUUUCCAUUUGAGUCAAAAUUUGUAUAGAUUUUUACAAAAAAAUAAUUUAGUCAAAGAAUUUACAGAAGACUCGUCAGUCCAUAAAAUAUACCAGAGCCUCCAGGCUCUGGCGUUUCUACCGGCUGAUAAAAUUCCGGAGGCAUAUACAAUUCUUAAGUUAAGCGCACCUGAAUGCCUGGAAAAAUUUUUAAAUUAUUUCGAGGAAUACUAUGUUUUUGGAAAACAAAAGAUCUCGUCUAGAACGAAAAAAGUUUUAAAUACAGAACCGUUAUUCCACCCCACUUUCUGGUCAAUAUAUGAAAACGUGGUAGAAAAAGUUCCACGAACCAGCAACCAAGCCGAAAGUUGGCACAGUCGCUGGGCUAAAUUAGUAGCAGGAAAGCACGUAGGGAUUUAUAGAAUUAUAAACGAAAUAAAAUUAGAGUAUAAAUAUUCAAUAGGAAUGAUGGAGGCAUGCUUGGCAGGACUUAAUGAAAAAAAAAGAAAAAGCCAGCAAGAGUUAAAAGAACAUAGGCUUUUAACAAUUGUGAACAAUUACAAUAACUAUACAUUAGCAGACUACAUUUGUGCAA